AUGAUUCUUGUUGUUCUUUUUCUUCUUCUUCCAGGUAAUGUCGAGAUCAACCCCUCUAACCCAACCACCAACACUAUCCAGGGUCCGAAUGUUGUGCUGUAUGGAGAGGCCUUGUACUACAACUGUUACAACCUAGAUGUUGUUUGUCGAUUCAACCUCACCACCAAAACUAUCACGACCUUACAACUACCCAAAGGCACCAGGUUUAACUCAAAGGGUAACUUCUGCCACCUUGAGGAAUGCUACCCGUUCACCGACCUGGACCUGGCAACAGAUGAAUCAGGUGUUUGGGUGAUCUAUACCACCAGCCAGGACUUUGGCAACCUGGUGCUGUCCAAGGUGGAGGAGGAUGAACCAAUGACUCUUGGCCAGACCUGGCACACCUCGGUCUACAAGCAGGGGGUGACCAACACCUUCAUGGCCUGUGGCGUGCUCUACGCAACACGGUAUGUCAACGAAACCAUGGAGGAGAUCUUCUAUGCAUUUGACACCACGACAGGGGUAGAAAGGUUCAACGUUGGAGUUUUCAUCAACAAGAUGUCUCCCAACAUUUAUUCCCUAAACUACAGCCCUGUGGACCAGAUGCUACAUGCCUACUGUGACUCCUACAUGGUCUCCUAUAAGGUCUUGUUUUGGUAGGGACAUGUCUCUACCAAUAUUCAGCGACUACUGAGUUGUCCUUAGCAAUAACUGUGAUUAAAAACAUGUAAAUAUAA